AUGUUCCAAAAUGGUAUAUCCGUCGUAACUGAUUGGUUCUUCUCUUCAUCCCAUCUUGGAUCUAAGACCGAUCUUUACAACUAUAGACUUAUAGCUCUGCUUUCUGUUAUAAGUAAGGUGACAGAAAUGCAGAUAAAUCGCGAGCUUCUAGACUACCUCGAACGUCACGGCUUGAUUACCGACAGGCGGUAUGGUUUCCGGCACCAGCGAUCCACAGGGGACCUCGUACUGUCUGUUUUCGUCAACGAAGCGCCACAUCAGUCGACAAUUUCCCGUUGGUAUGGAGAAUUCAAACGUGGACGGGUGAGUCUUAGCGACGAUUCCAGGGUGGAUAGACAUGUGACAUAUCGCGAGAUUGAGGCGUCCUUGAAGAUCUCAAGGACCUCAAUUCAAAACAUUUUACAUGAAGAAUUAGGAAUAAGAAAAUUAGUUUCUCAGCAGAAAGCAGCCAUUGUUAAUUGGUGUCAAAAAACUCUUGACCGUUUCAAUUCCGGAAACUCAAAAAAAUGUGUACAGCAUUGUGAAGAAAAGCCAACAAAAGUCAUCCGCUCUCGAAGUGUUUCGAAAAAGAUGGUCGCGACAUUUGUGUCAAAAGCGGGUCAUAUUGCAACAAUUCCUCUUGAUGAGCAAAUAACUCUUACUGUGGAUUGGUAUACCAUCAUUUAUUUGCCAAAAGUCAUCACCGAGCUUCGAAAAAUCAACCCCGAAAGAAGAAUCAUCCUUCACCAAGACAAUGCAAGCUCGCACACAGCCCAAAAAACAAGGCAGUAUUUAACGGAAGAAAACGUGGAAUUAUUGGAUCAACCUCCAUAUAGUCCUGAUCCAAGUCCUAACGAUUUCUUUACUUUCCCGAAAAUUAAAAAAAGACUGCGUGGUCAACGGUUCCAGUCACCAGAAGAAGCAGUUGACGCAUUCAAAAAUGCCGUUUUGGAUCUGCCAGCAAACGAGUGGAAUAAGUGCUUCGAAAAUUGGUUCGAGCGCAUGCAGAUGUGUAUUAAUCUUCGUAAUCGCGUAGACGAGAAUCCCUCAACAAGCACUAGAGACGUGGCUAGAGAAGUGCAAGUAUCAAAAACUAAAGUGUGGCAAACGCUGCGUGAAGAGGGGCUGUAUCCGUUUCACGUCCAACGUGUACAAGCCCUUCAACCUGACGAUUUUCCUGCAAGAGUGCGGUUUUGUGAGUGGUUGUUGCAUCAACAUGACAAUAAUCCGGACUUUUUGAAGUGCAUAUUGGUGACAGACAAAUCUACGUUCACGCUAGAAAAUCCGCACGCUGUCCGUCGGGCACAUUUUCAACAAACAUUUUCUGUGAAUGUUUGGGCUGGCAUGGUGAACGGUAUGCUCAUUGGACCAUUUAUUCUCCCAAAUCGAUUGGACGGGAUGCAAUACCUAGACUUUUUACGCAACAUUUUGCCUUCCUUGUUAGAAGAUGUACCAUUAAGUGUAAGACAAUCAAUGUGGUUUCUGCACGAUGUUUUUGAAUGA